GCCUCCUGGAUCAGGAUGAUGAAGGUGGUAGUAAGAGCGCUGCUGCUGCUGGUGGUGGUGUCGUCACAAGUUCAGGGCGGAAAGAGGGACUGUGAGGCGGCUGGCGGGAGAUGUGUUCACGCCAAAGCCUGUGACGUCACCUCUUCUCAACAUGGCUGCCAGGGGCAAGAUGAAGUCUGCUGCAUUAACACUCCAUCACGCGAGAACAGGAACGUAAAGAUAAAUAGAACCUCCGGAGAAAAAAAGAUUGAGAGGAAACGGAAGCCACUCAAAAGAAAUAAGAACAAGAGAAUUAGCAAGAAAGCAUACAAGCUCAAGGAGCCCAAAGAUAAAGUGAGGAAGCUGAGAGCUGGUCGCCAGGACACCAGAGAUGAAGGUGACGACAAAUACGGAGGAGGAGGCAACACUUGCGAGGAUACGGGCGGACGGUGUCACCCCAAGAAAUACAAGUGUAAGAAGAUUAAAGCCAAGGGAUGCGCAAGAGGAGAAAAAUGCUGUGAAGGAACGAAUGGUGGACCAGCACAUCAUGGUGGACCAGCACACCAUGGUGGUAUGGUGGGUCCCCCUGGUCACCCAGGUCGCCCUGGAGAUGAUGGAAAACCAGGUCCUCCAGGUCCUGCAGGUCCUGCAGGUCCUGUAGGUCCUGUAGGUCCUGUAGGUCCCCAAGGUCCUCCCGCAAAAGACGGAGUGCCCGGCACAAACGGUACUAACGGUAUAAAUGGUGUUCCUGGCAUAAACGGUGCUCCAGGCAAGGAUGGCUCUCCUGGAGUGGCCGGUCCUCCAGGCAAAGAUGGCGCUCCUGGUAUGGUCGGUCCUCCAGGCAUGAACGGUUCAGCAGGCCAGAAUGGCAUUCCGGGCAAGGACGGUGCUAAUGGCACAAACGGUGCACCCGGUAUGAACGGUGCUCCAGGCUUGCCCGGUAAUCCAGGCACGAAGGGAGAUCCAGGCACCAACGGUAUUCCAGGUACUAAUGGUACUAACGGAAAAGACGGUGUUCCAGGUACUAAUGGCGUUAAUGGAACUAACGGCAAAGACGGUGCUACAGGAGCUCAAGGGAUCCAAGGGAUCCCAGGUCUUCCAGGUCCUCCAGGAGUCAAUGGCAUUAACGGUACUAACGGAACACCAGGUUUUAAUGGUACUAAUGGUCUACCAGGUUCUCAAGGUCCUCCAGGAUCUAUAGGUGCAUCAGGACCUCCUGGACCAGCAGGAUCUGCAGGACCACCAGGAGCCACAGGGUCUCAGGGAGCUGUAGGUCCUGUAGGCCCAGCAGGACCUGCAGGAGCAAAUGGAACGAAUGGUUCACCUGGACCGCCAGGAGCACAAGGAGCUACUGGAGUUCCAGGACCAUCAGGAGCUUCUGGAGCUACUGGAGCUCAAGGAGCAACUGGUGCUAUAGGUCCAAGUGGACCUCAAGGAGUAAGUGGGCCUCCAGGUCCUUCAGGGCCUCCAGGAGCUACUGGUGGUACUGGACCACCUGGGCCCCCAGGACCUUCUGGUCCCCCAGGUUCAAACAGUCCUCCCGGAAACUCAGGAGGAGGGUAGGACCUGGGAAGUAAAAGUUGUCCUUCAAACUGCAAACCGAAGAUUUGCAGCUAAGGUGACUGAACUGUUGGAGAAAGUGGAAUUGUAAUACGCAUUAGGUAAAUUGAUUACGUAAAUGGAUGAACACCUACAGCCAGGACAACUGAAAAGGUACAUUGAUCAACUCCUACAGUCAGGCCUACAGGUGUAGAGGUGAAUGGCUCCACAACCUGUAACUCGUUACUAAGCAAUGAGAACCAGCGCAUUGCAUGCUGUAUAGUGCAGUUGAGUCCUCCAUAUUAUAUAAUGUUUUUUGUUGUUAGCUUGUUCCACAUGUAAUUUGUUUCAAAGUUGUUAUUGCAUUUUCUUUACCAGCUGAUUCAUACAGAAGUGAAAGUGUUUCUUCACCAAAACUGUCACCAGAUAUUGCAUUAGUUAUCAUGCCAUCAAUUAUUGUAUUAGUUGAGUUAUCAACCGCUAUGUUUGGUGACGCAAACGUACCCAAAUGUUGUUUAUACAAUUUAAGUAUAUUGUUGCAUAAAAUAUAAAAAUUGAUUCUCUCUGUGGAACUUUAUGAUUGGCUGUAAUAUAUUUAUUUUAAUAUAAUUUGCAUAUCA